CGAAUAUGUUUUGUGCAAACUAACUACAAACCUAACCUAUAAAAGUUACAAGUACGAGAAAAUCUUCAAUGAUGCAUCAAAAAUAACUAAAAUACAUAUUUGUAAUCGAAAUAAUAUGAAGUGAACAAAGUUUAUUUUGUCACAAUGUUAUUUUCGAGCAUUUCGGAAAAUAUUUGUUCAUUAACAAAUAGAACAAGAUAUGCUUUAACGUCGAGUUGAAAUGGGUUCACCAAUAAUUACUGUGAGCCGGUCUCCAUUAUUUUCUCAUAGGACUCUAUUUACAUUGAUAUUUGGAAUUUCUGUUGGAUUCAGUUGUGCGUAUCUUUUAAUGAUUACAUCGGGAGUGACAAAUGUGCCAAGUUGGAUACCAUUUAGACAAUCUACUUCAGAACAUUCUGAUUUUGAAAUGCAUGAUGCGCAUCAUCAUGGUCUUUUAGAUUCUGCAUCUGGACCUGUAUUUGAAGUGGGGCAGCAUGCAAACGAUGAAGAAUUUCAUAAACAUGAAGAUGAUUCGGUGGCACAGAGUUUGAAACAGAAAGUUCGAGUUUUAUGCUGGGUUAUGACUAGUCCAAAGAAUCAUGUUGCCAAAGCAAAACAUGUUAGGAAUACUUGGGGAAAGAGAUGUAAUACUUUAUUAUUUAUGAGUUCAGAAGCCGAACCGACACUGCCUGCAAUUGCUUUAAAUGUAAGUGAAGGACGCAAUUAUUUAUGGGCAAAAACCAAACAAGCUUUUGAAUAUGUAUACCAUCAUCAUCUAGAUACUCAUGACUGGUUUUUAAAAGCAGAUGAUGACACAUAUGUGAUUGUGGAAAACUUACGAUACAUGCUAUCUGCCCAUAAACCUACAACCCCGAUAUAUCUAGGAUGUCGUUUUAAGCCAUAUGUUAAACAGGGAUAUAUGUCAGGUGGAGCUGGUUAUGUUUUAAGCAAAGAAGCAGUCAUAAGAUUUGUGGAAAGAGGUUUGAAACACAAUAAAUGCCGAAAAGAUCAUGAUGGUAGUGAAGAUGUUGAAAUGGGCAAAUGCUUGGAAGCAGUCGGUGUUAAGGCUGGUGAUAGUAGAGAUUCUUUAGGUAGAGGAAGAUUUUUUCCAUUUGUGCCUGAACAUCAUUUGAUACCAGGCCAUGUUAAUAAAGACUUCUGGUAUUGGAAGUUUAUUUACUAUCCUAGUAAAGAGGGAAUUGAUUGCUGCUCAGAUAAUGCAGUUUCGUUUCAUUAUGUUUCACCCAAUCAAAUGUAUGUAUUAGAUUAUUUAAUAUACCAUUUAAGGCCAUAUGGAAUAAAUCAUCAUUUAGAAGCCAAAAUGACAGACUCGUCCCAUAAACCAUUGCUAAAAGUAGGUACAAAUUCAACAAAUAAGGUAAAUUGAUAAGUAAACUAGGUAUGUUUCAAAUAUUUUUUAUAUAAGCUACCAUCUGAUAUUUUUAUGGAUCUGAUAUGUUUAAAAUGAGAUUUUUUUUUGAAAGAAUAAUUUUAAUUUUGUUUUUGGUCAUAAUAUACUAAACCAGCGAAUUAAUUAGUAAGUUGAAACUGUUUUAUUUGAAAAACAAA